AUGUUACCACACUCCGCUUCACGAAUAUCACUAAUCUCGCAGGUCUACAAACACGUGCCGGCCCUUCGCAGAGAGCCACCGCCACCGAGUGAAGCCCACGCUUACGAGCCUGUGGGCCAGGAGGAGCAGGAUGACGAGCCCGAGAGACCACAGCCCACGAAGUCAUGGUUCCAAACCACCUUACACCAUGUCCUGCCCAUAUCCUCACUCCCGUUCUACUUCCAUCAUCGCGCCUUCCUGCCGUCUUUCUCUCUGGCACUCCUCUAUCUCACCGUGCUGUCCUUCUCAGGGCAGAUGGUCACGUAUCUCAUCUCGAUCGGGUAUACUUCGCUACACGUGGGUAUCGCCCGGACAGUAAGCACCAUCUUCGAGCUCUCCGCGACGUGGGUCGCUCCACGCCUCAUGAAGAAGAUCGGCGUGGUCAGGGGCGGCAUCUGGAGUCUGUCCUGGCAGAUGAUCUGGCUCGCCGCCGGCGUGUCCUGGUUCUUCGCCGGCUUCGAGGGGUCGCGCAGCAAUGCGGUCGUCUCCGCAACGGGACUGGCAGUAGGCGUCGCGCUGAGCAGAGUCGGCCUUUGGGGCUACGAUUUGUGCGCGCAGAACAUUGUACAAGAUGAAGUUGAUCCUCACCAUCGCGGAACCUUUUCUACUGCGGAGGCCGCAUUCCAGAACUUGUUCGAGCUCAUUUCGUACGCCACCACUGUCAUUUUCUCCCGUCCGGACCAGUUCCGCUGGCCGGUGGUCAUCAGUGUGGCCGCCGUCUACAUAGCUGGGGGUCUGUAUGCUAUGUUCGUGCGAAAGAGACGUGGGCACCUGUUUCACGCGCCGCCGUGCAUCUGUGCCAAAGGCGAGGGUGCAUAG